AGUCCCGGGGCUGCAGGGAGCGCAGCACGCGCAGCCCGGGCCCCGGCCACCGGACGCCCUACCGGACACAGCCCUCCCCGGAGCUUGGACAGCUGCCCACCUCGGACACUGCACCGGACACUGCCCCCCACAGGGCUGGACACCACAACGGACAUUACUUCUCAGCUCCGGACAUUGCUCCCUCCUCCCCCCACACCCGCCCCGGGCCCUGGACGCUUCCCCCUCCCCCUCCGGGGGCCCAGAGACUGACCCCCCCACUCUAGCUCGCAACCCCUUGCACCCCAGCUCCAGACACUGCCUCCUCCCGGGCCCCCUCUUCUUCCUCCUCCUCGCACUUCAUCUCUCCCCCGCUCGGGUCGGAGCCCGGCCAGUUUCUUCGACCCCCUGCAGCUCGGCCCCGGCUGCCCGCGCCCCCAUCCCCCGAUUCCUCGCCCGGAUGCCUCUCCCCGGGGGACUGUGGUGGCUCCUCUGCUGCCGUCGAGGCUUCACUCUUCUGCACCGGGACUACGGGGACGGCGAGCUUAGCGGGGACGGGGACGAGGACGAGGACGAGGAGACCUUUGAGCUACGGACCCCGAGUCCAGCGGGCGGCGGGAGGGGCACCCUGGACGUGACCCUGACUCAGCCUGUGAGGAGUGGGCAGGUCUCCGACAGGUUGCAGAGCUGGGAAGAGACCAGGAGCCUCAUUCCCGAGAGGGGGCUGCCAGAGGACGACCCAGACAUCGUUGUGAAAGGUUGGUUGUACCGUGAGCCUCGAGGAGGAGGGGCGAGGCCCUGGUUGCCCCCACGUCGGGCUUGGUUUGUGCUCACUCGAGACUCCCUAGACCAGUUCAGUAGCAGUGGAAAGGGGGCUCGGCGCCUGGGGAGCCUUGUGCUUACCAGCCUGUGCUCAGUGACCGGCCCGGAGCGCAGGCCCAAGGAAACCGGUUUGUGGUCAGUGACUGUGUCUGGCCGGAAGCACAGCAUCCGGCUCUGCUCACCCCGCCAGGCUGAGGCUGAAUGCUGGGGUGUGGCACUUCGUGAAGUGAUCGCCUCCAAGGCACCCCUAGAGACCCCCACCCAGCUGCUGCUCAGGGACAUUCAGGAGAGCUGUGGUGACCCAGAGGCUGUAGCCCUCAUUUACCGGCGGAACCCCAUCCUGAGACACACCAGUGGAGCCUUGUAUGCCCCACUCCUGCCCCUGCCCUACGGAGUCAGUGCCCCAGGUCCAGGCUAUGCGCCCUUGCGGGAGGAGGCAGUGCGGCUGUUCCUGGCACUGCAGGCUCUGGAGGGGGCGCGGCGCCCCGGGCCCCUGAUGCAGGGUGUGCUCCAGACCUGCCGGGACCUGCCUGCGCUCCGAGACGAACUCUUCCUGCAGCUGGCUAAGCAGACUUCAGGCCCCGCGGGGCCCCCCGGGCCCCCGGCUACCAGAGACCCCGCGGCCUUGCGGUAUUGGCAACUCCUCACCUGCAUGAGCUGCACCUUCCGACCUGGGGGAGCUGUUCGGGGGCAUCUCCUGGGGCAUCUGGAAAGGACGGAGCAGGCGCUCCCGGACUCGGAACUGGCAGAAUAUGCGCGCUUCAUUCGGAAAGCGCUGGGCCGCACGCGCGGCCGAGAGUUGGUGCCGUCGCUCGCGGAGAUUUCUGCGCUGAGUCGAAGGCAGGAGCUGUUGUGCACCGUGCACUGUCCCGGGGCUGGUGCCUGCCCUGUGGCCAUUGACUCCCACACCACAGCGGGGGAGGUUGCUCGAGAGCUAGUGGGGCGGCUGGGCUUGGCCCGGAGCCGCAACGCAUUCGCGUUGUACGAGCAGCGAGGAGCCCAGGAGCGAGCCCUGGCUGGGGGUACUCUCGUGGCCGACGUGCUCACCAGGUUUGAGAACUUGGCCGCGGAAGACGUCGGGCUGGAAGACUCGCCCGACGCUGGCUGGAGACUGUGUCUGCGUCUCCAUGGUCCUCUGCACCCUGAAGGGCUGUCCCCAGACGGUCACGAACUGCCUUUCCUGUUUGAGCAGGCUCACGCUCUGCUGCUGCGCGGCCGGCCGCCCCCACCCGACGACACGCUGCGCACCCUGGCGGCGCUGCGCCUGCAGAGCCUGCACCGGGACUUCUCCCCGCUGGCGCCCCCGCCGCGUUUGGACCGCCUGCUGCCGCCCCCUGCCCCGCCGCGCGAAGCCCUGCCCCGCCUGAAUUCCAGGCCUCCCCCCUCCGCCGCCCUGCUGGCCGGGGCAAUCUGGAGUCCGGGCCUGGCCAAGAGGCGGGCGGAACGCGCCCGGCGCGGCGGGCCGGGACGCACGGCUGGAAGCGUGGCCCGCGAGGCAGGAGGUGGCGCCGGCACCGCUGCUGCUGUGCUGGGCGGCUGGAAAAGGCUACGCGGCAUGGGCCGAGCUGAGGCCAUGGCUGCCUAUCUGGCACUGGCGGCGCAGUGUCCAGGGUUCGGCGCUGCUCGGUAUGACGUUCUGGAGCUGAGCACGGAGCAUGGUGGGGGCGCUCCACAGAAGCUAUGCCUGGGCCUGGGAGCCAAGGCCAUGUCCCUUUCCAGACCCGGCGAGACAGAGCCCAUCCACAGUGUCAACUAUGGCCACGUGGCCGCCUGCCAGUUAAUGGGCCCCCACACCCUGGAAUUGAGGGUGGGAGAGAGCCAGCUCCUUCUGCAGAGUCCUCAGGUGGAAGAGAUCAUGCAGCUGGUGAAUGCCUACUUGGCCAACCUCUCCCCCGAGAGGCCUCGCAGCAGCGCUUCUCUUCCAUGCCAAGACCUGCCAGACACCUCCCCUCCCAGCCAGCACUCCAGCCUGGACGAGCCCCAGGGACAGUCUGGCUGUUUGGAGCAGCUGCAGGACUGAGCCUGCCAAGAGGUCACGACCUCCCUCCUGACUCCAGCCUGGACCCAAACUGCUCUGAGAUUUGAGGGACUAUGGACUCUUUUGGCCCUGCAGGGACAGGGCACACCCCCCACCCAAGAGCUGCAAUGGAUGCAGACAGUUUUCUAGUUUGUUUCUUAAUUUAUUUGUAGAAGAAGAGAAAAAAUCCUUAUUUACACAAA